UCCGUCGUGAUCCAAGGAUGAAACUAAAGAAGAAGAAGUUGUGUCCAUGGAAGUGCAGAAACUGGAGAUGGAAACAGAGAUCAAAACGAAGAUGGGAGCAAUCAUCAGAACAAGGCUAAAAGGGGAAACUUCUGCGGCCUUGUGACCUAAAAAACUUGAAAAAGAAGAUAAACGAAGAAUUGAGUGUGAUGAAAGAGUUGCAUUUAUAUGUAGUUGAUCAUCCAAUUUGAACAGAUUUUUGGAUGGCCGUAGUAUUUUGAUUUUGAUUUUGAUCCAUGGAAGUCAUCGAAAUGGGUUGAUCCAUGAAAGCAGAGAUGAGAAGAGACAUGAUAACAAACAUGGGUGUAGUCAUCAAAAUAAGACCAAAAGGUACCAUCCAUAGUUGUCUGUUUGUAGGAUGAAAGCGAAACUCCCACCAACCAAACACAACCCCUCCCACCAUGCUUGUCACUGCCAUUGAAACCACCCAAGUUGCCAUCUUACAGCUUUUCAUAUUCUCCUUCAUUGCCGACUCCAUUGGUUGUCCAGCUUCUUCUCCACCCCCUGCAAAUCCCCACGUUUUUUGACCCAUUACACACUGGGCUCUUAACAAGAACUGGAUAUGAGUGAAGCAAAAAGAAUGAAGAAAAAGAAAACAGAGGGAGAAAGAGAUGAGUGCAAAGGGGUUUUGAGGAUUUGGCAAGUAAUUGUUGACAUGAUACAAAACGUGAGAUUUUAUCAAGGUUUGAAAUUAGCAUCAGCAAUUGGCGUAGGUUGAGAUGCAAAUCCAAUGGGUUAUUAGUGGGAGGUGAGGUCUGGUUGAGGCAUUAUUCCAAAAGCUUGGUGCCUCCAGACUAUGGAAAACACCCAACAGAAUUAAACUUGACCAAAAUAUCAUAAACGAACCAACCGACAUAUUUCUAUGAGCGCAACCUGUUUGUUUCACUCCAACUUUUACUUCAAAACUUCUUUGAACAUUCAAUUGUUUUUUAAUCACAUUUUUUUUUUUUUACUUGUGCUUGAAAUUUUAUGUUGGAUGGUUUAUUCAAACUUUUAUAAAUAGUUUUGAUGGCGGAAACUAUUUAAGAAAUGUAUUAAUAGGAGUUGAGGAGACGUAGAGUUGAUGAAUGGAAUAUUCUAAGAAUUAAUGAAUGGUCAAUUUUAAAAUCAUCACGAAAACAAAUGAACAAACUUAAAAGCAAAAGAUGUGGAAUUAAAGAUGAAAGAAAGAAGCCCAGCCACGGAAUAUUCUCCGUUGGCUCUCCAAAAUUGCAAUGCCAAGAGGCUAAGCAUCGGAUUUGGGACGACGACGGACGGACGGACCCACGUUAUCCAAUACGCCUCUCUUUCUUUCUCUUCGCGCGCUUCAUUCCUCCCUUCCAUUUCUCUCUCCUUCUCUUCCAAUUCCCACCCUUCUUUUUCUGUAAUCCAAACAAACUUUUUUUUUUUUUUUGAGAUUGUUCCCUCGAGUCUUUAACCGUAAGGGAUCAGCAAAUUUGGGGUGUUUUUUGAUUUCUCCAUUUUUAUUCUUUUUGUUCUUUUUGUUUUGCCGACGUGGUGGAGAAUGAACGUGAAAACUCCGGCGACGAGGACUCGUGUUGGGAAGUACGAGCUCGGCAAAACCCUCGGCGAAGGCACUUUUGCUAAGGUCAAGUUCGCGAAGAAUGUUGAGAAUGGUGAUUAUGUCGCCAUCAAGAUUCUCGACCGGGAGCAAGUUCUUCGCCACAAGAUGGUCGAACAGAUUAAAAGAGAGAUAUCGACUCUGAAAGUUAUCAAGCAUCCGAACGUUGCUAAGAUUUAUGAGGUUAUGGCAAGCAAAUCAAAAAUCUACAUUGUUCUUGAGUUUGUGGAUGGAGGCGAGCUUUUUGACAAAAUAGCCGCAAAGGGAAGGCUCAAAGAGGAUGAGGCAAGGAAAUAUUUCCAGCAACUUAUUAAUGCUGUAGAUUACUGCCAUAGUAGAGGAGUGUACCAUCGAGAUCUGAAGCCUGAAAAUCUUCUUUUAGAUUCACAUGAUGUUCUUAAGGUGUCAGAUUUUGGAUUGAGUGCAUUUUCACAGCAAGUACGAGGGGAUGGUCUUCUUCACACUGCCUGUGGGACCCCAAACUAUGUAGCUCCCGAGGUCUUCAACGAUAAAGGUUAUGAUGGUACAUCAUCUGAUAUUUGGUCAUGCGGGGUCAUUCUCUUUGUUCUUAUGGCUGGCUUCUUGCCUUUUGACGAGCCAAAUCUGAUGUGUUUGUAUACAAAAAUUUCGAAGGCUGAUUUCUGCUUUCCAUCAUGGUUCUCAAAUGGCGCUAAAAAACUUGUUCGCCGCAUUCUUGAUCCCCACCCUCUUACUCGAAUAACGAUAGCCGAAAUUCAAGAAGAUGCAUGGUUCAAGAAGGGCUACACACCUGCUCAAUUUGAAGUGGAAGAGGAUAUAACUCUCGAUGAUGUAGAUGCCGCUUUUAGCAGCUCGAGGGAACAUCUUGUGACAGAAAGAAAAGAGAAGCCAAUGUCCAUGAACGCUUUUGAGCUCAUCUCUAGGUCACCUGGUUUCAGUCUUGAAAAUCUAUUUGAGAAGCAGAAGACUGUUACAAAGAGAGAAACCCGUUUUACUUCGCAAAGUCCUGCAAACGAGAUCAUGUCGAAGAUUGAAGAAACGGCGAAACCAAUGGGGUUCAAUGUACGAAAACGGGACUACAAGAUGAAGUUACAAGGUGACAAGACUGGGAGGAAAGGACACCUCUCCAUAGCUACUGAGGUGUUUGAGGUGGCACCUUCCUUGCAUAUGGUGGAGCUUCGGAAGACGAGUGGCGAUACGCUCGAGUUUCACAAGUUCUACAAAAGUUUCUCUUCAGGAUUGAAAGACAUUGUGUGGAGAACUGAUGAAAAUACUGUUGAAGGGAGCUGAUCUCUCUCUCUCUCUCUCUCCCCCUCCCUCCUCAUAAGGCCGUUUUGAAGUUGAUUCUUGAGAUGCAUUGCAGGUAUCUCCUGUCGUCCAAUCACCAACCUCGAAAAGAGAGGACUACAUAUUAUAGAAGCCCAAGGAAAUCUCUACUUUUUUUCUUGUUUCUCAAGAACUCGUUGAACACAGUAAUUGUACAAAUAAUCAAAGUUUCUGUAAUAAAAGAUUGAUUCAACACUA